GUGGCAAGGUCCAUUGUUCAGAUGGCUGGCUUCGAGAUAGAUGUAUGGCCCAAAUCGAUGAGCCUUCCAGAGUGAAGGUUUGAUAAGUGGUUGGUAUCCGCUUCUUCGUCUGUUGUAUCUAGUUGCUGAAGAAGAAGAAAAGGAGGGAGUCGGAGGCAUGGCAAAUGCCCUUGUCUCUUUUCCACUUCCAACUCAAUCCCCAAUCUGUUGUCGCUCUUGCAGUAGUUCAUGGUUCUGUUCUCCAUUAACUCCUAGUAAAUACCCAUCAAAGUCCUUUCUCGCUUUCUCCUCCUCUUCCUCUUCUCCUUCUUCAACUUCUAUUGUCGAAGAUGACCCUCCUCCUCCAAAUCCAGUCACUACACUUUCAGAAUCUGCCACGAACGACUUGGACGACCUUCCUUUUAGGGGCUGUAAGACCUGUGGGAGAGAGGAAUUGGAGAGGGGAUGCAAUGGAGAGGGUAGAAUUCAAGGAGGGAUUGCAACAGUGCCAGGCUUUGGUUGGUGGCCGAUAAAGGCUUACAGGCCUUGCCCUGGAUUCGUAGCAUCUGGUGGUAGAUAUAGGCGACGUGGGCAGAGCAUGGAUGAGGUUGCUUUUGGAAGGGGGGAGAAAACAACUUCUAUACAGACUAGUGAUGAAGAUUCUAGCAAGAAGAAGCAAGGUCCGAGGAAAUUUAAGAGGUAAUCUUCGUGUCGUUCGGAAGGAUUCAUCAACUGAGCAGCCAUUGCUAUUGCAGUAGCAGCUCAUGGGUCUUCGCAUGUAAUACUUACUCUCUCUCUCUCUCAACACAAGAAAAACAGGAAGUGUGUUCUAAACGUGGAUGUUAAUAUUAUAAUUCUACAUGUUUUUGGGCAUAUUACGCGUCCUCCUAGAAUGGGAUGGAGAAACUGUGGAUGCUUGUUCUAGUUGAAGAGGGAAUUUCCUUGUACAAUAGGUAAAACUGAUUGCGAACACGAUGUACAAUCGCAAUCUUAAUUGCAAUUGUAUUGAUCGAUUCAAAGUUCUAUGAAAUUAUUCUAUCAACACCAAAUACAUAUA